CCAGAGAGCGAGGCGGGAGGGCUAAGAGGAGAACCAGAGAGUGACGAGUUCCCGGGUGGGAAGGAGAAUCGAGGUUCGGCUCGGGCGGAGACGAGAAGCAGCGCUCGGGUUCGCGAGGACGGCGGCCGGCGCGGGCGGGCGCGGCCUUUGUCUCCUCCUCCCGCGCGCUCGGCGGCUGCACCUGCCCCAUGAGCCCGCGGCCCCCCGGCGCCUGGGCCGCCUGCAGCCUGUGACCUGACUUGUCCUCGCCAUGGCCGAGGUCCCCUCAAGCGCUGGGGGCACGUCCCUGGAGGGCGAGCGUGGCAAGAGGCCCCCGCCGGAGGGCGAGCCUGCAGCCCCGGCGUCCGGAGUUCUGGAUAAGCUUUUCGGGAAGCGGCUCCUGCAGGCAGGUCGCUACCUGGUGUCCCACAAGGCGUGGAUGAAGACGGUGCCCACAGAGAACUGCGACGUGCUGAUGACCUUCCCAGACACGACCGAUGACCACACGCUGCUAUGGCUGCUGAACCACAUCCGCGUGGGCAUUCCGGAGCUCAUCGUGCAAGUCCGCCACCACCGCCACACGCGUGCCUAUGCCUUCUUUGUCACCGCCACGUAUGAGAGCCUACUCCGGGGCGCCGACGAGCUGGGUCUGCGCAAGGCCGUGAAGGCUGAGUUCGGCGGGGGCACCCGUGGCUUCUCCUGUGAGGAGGACUUCAUCUACGAGAAUGUGGAGAGCGAGCUGCGCUUCUUCACCUCCCAGGAGCGCCAGAGCAUCAUCCGCUUCUGGCUGCAGAACCUGCGUGCCAAGCAGGGCGAGGCACUGCACAACGUGCGCUUCCUGGAGGACCAGCCAAUCAUCCCUGAGCUGGCGGCCCGUGGGAUCAUCCAGCAGGUGUUCCCAGUCCAUGAGCAGCGCAUCCUAAACCGCCUCAUGAAGUCAUGGGUGCAAGCUGUGUGUGAAAACCAGCCUCUAGAUGACAUCUGCGACUACUUUGGUGUGAAGAUUGCCAUGUACUUCGCCUGGCUGGGCUUCUACACGUCAGCAAUGGUAUACCCGGCUGUCUUUGGCUCUGUCCUGUACACAUUCACAGAAGCCGAUCAGACAAGCCGGGAUGUGUCCUGUGUGGUCUUUGCUCUCUUCAAUGUGAUCUGGUCAACGCUGUUCUUAGAGGAGUGGAAACGGAGGGGGGCAGAGCUGGCCUACAAGUGGGGGACACUAGACACACCCGGGGAAGCCAUGGAGGAGCCACGCCCCCAAUUCAGGGGGGUGCGACGCAUCAGCCCCGUGACACAGGCCGAGGAGUUCUACUACCCGCCCUGGAAACGGCUGCUCUUCCAGCUGCUUGUGAGCCUCCCCCUGUGCCUGACGUGCCUCGUCUGUGUCUUCCUGCUCAUGCUUGGCUGCUUCCAGCUGCAGGAGCUGGUGCUGAGCGUGAAGGGGCUGCCCCGUCUUGCCCGCUUCCUGCCCAAGGUGGUGCUGGCCCUGCUGGUCAGCGUGAGUGCCGAGGGCUACAAGAAGCUCGCCAUCUGGCUCAACGACAUGGAGAAUUACCGGCUGGAGAGUGCCUAUGAGAAACAUCUCAUCAUCAAGGUCGUCUUGUUCCAGUUCGUCAACUCAUACCUGAGUCUCUUCUACAUUGGCUUCUACCUCAAGGACAUGGAUCGCCUGAAAGAGAUGCUGGCCACAUUGCUGAUUACCCGCCAGUUCCUGCAGAACAUGCGUGAGGUCCUGCAGCCACAUCUGUACCGGGGGCUGGGCCGUGGCGAGCUCAGCCUGCGGGCCUUCGGGGAGCUGGCUCGUGCCGUGCUUGGCCUGCUGAGCCUCCGGCGCCCUGCGCCCCAACGACUUGAACCCCAGGCUGAUGAGUGUGUUGGCAGUGGCAGUGGGGGGGGCCGCAGGUGUCUUAGCGGGGGCUGCGGGGCACCUGAGGAGGAGGAGGAGGUGACGGUGGAGCGGCGGCCUGCAGGGGAAGGCGGGGAGGUGGGGGACGGGCCUCGGGGGGGUGAGGAGGAGGACGAGGAGGAGGAGGAGGACGAGGAGGAGGAGGAUGAGGAGGAGGGUGAGGAAGGCAGCCUCCUGGACUGUGGGCUCCGGCUAAAGAAGGUCAGCUUCGCCGAGCGGGGGGCCAGGCGGCAUCUGCCGAGCCCAAGCCCAGAGGCCCUCUUGGAGGAGGGGAGCCCCACCAUGGUGGAGAAAGGGCUGGAACCAGGCAUGUUCACCUUGGCCGAGGAAGACGAUGAGGCAGAGGGGGCUCCCCGCAGCCCUGAGCAGGAGCCCCCAGCCAUCCUGCUCCGCCGGGCCGGGGGUGAGGGCCGAGACCAGGGGCCUGAUGGGGGCCCGGACCCAGAGCCCAGCUCCAGCGACUCAGCCCAGAGGCAGAGGCGGCAAAACCGGUCAUCUUGGAUUGACCCUCCUGAAGAGGCACACUCGCCCCAGCUCACCCAGGCGGAGGUGGAGAGCUGUAUGAAGAAGUACGAGGACACGUUCCAGGACUACCAGGAGAUGUUUGUGCAGUUCGGCUACGUUGUGCUGUUCUCAUCUGCCUUCCCCCUGGCUGCACUGUGUGCCCUGGUUAACAACCUCAUCGAGAUCCGCAGCGAUGCCUUCAAGCUGUGCACGGGGCUGCAGCGGCCCUUCGGCCAGCGCGUUGAGAGCAUUGGCCAGUGGCAGAAGGUGAUGGAAGCCAUGGGCGUCCUGGCGAUCGUGGUCAACUGCUACCUAAUUGGCCAGUGUGGGCAGCUACAGCGCCUCUUCCCUUGGCUGAGCCCAGAGGCAGCCAUCGUGUCCGUGGUGGUGCUUGAGCACUUCGCUCUGCUUCUCAAGUACCUCAUCCACGUGGCCAUCCCUGACAUCCCGGGCUGGGUGGCCGAGGAGAUGGCCAAGCUGGAGUACCAGCGCCGAGAGGCCUUCAAGAGACACGAGCGCCAGGCCCAGCACCGCUACCAGCAGCAGCAGCGGCGGCGGCGGGAGGAGGAGGAACGCCAGCGCCACGCAGAGCACCACGCCCGGAGGGAGCGUGACGCCAGCGGCCGGGAGGAGACUCGGGCCGAGAGCUCCGGGCAGGACCCCGCUGCGUCCGAGAAGGCCUCUGCCAAGGCCAAGGGCAGCGGGACGGGCAGCCACGGGACCGAGCGGCCCAAGCGCCCAGGCUCCCUGCUGGCGCCCAACAACGUCAUGAAGCUGAAGCAGAUCAUCCCACUGCAGAGCAAGUUCUUGUCGUCGGGCACUGCGCCCUCACCGGCCGCCAUGGGGACCGGCCCCUCCACCCGGCCACCCCCCGCCCAGUCGCCCACAGGCAGUGACACCCGCCUGCCAGCCUUCCUCAGUUUCAAGUUCCUCAAGUCACCUGAGACCCGGCGGGACCCCGAACGCAGCCACUCGCCGCCCAAGGCCUUCCAUGCUGGCAAGCUCUUCCCCUUCGGUGGGGCCCGAGCUGAUGCCGGGUCCAACGGGGCAGGAGGGCAGGCCCGAGCGGACGGGGCCCCUGGCGGUGGCAGCAGCCGACCCCAGAGGAGUGGGCCAGCAGACGAAGCCUCAGCUGAGGAGCUGGAAGCCCCCCGGCCUGAAGAGGAAGGCUCAGGGACAGCGCUGGCCCCCGUGGGCACCCCUGCCCUCCGCAAUCGCAGCAGCAGGAGCCCCGCACCACCACCGCCAAGACCACUGCCCCAGCCCCCGACGCCACCCGCCGGCUGCUGGCAGUGGGACGGGCCAUGGGGCUGCGCGGGCGAGAGCAUCGCCCCCCGCCAGACCCCACUCACCGCUGAGUGCCCUCCUUGUGUCCUCGCCGGGCCCCCGCCUGCCCCUCAGCCCCUGCCAGGGGAUACCAGCUUCUACAGCCUCCCACCCCCACCGCUGCUGCCCACCUCAGAGCCCGCCGAGUCCCCGGUGCCUCCACCCAGCCCCAGCCCCAGCCCGCAGGCCGUGUGCUGGCCCAGUGGCCGGCAUUAGUGCCGCCUGCCCCGCCUCUGUUCUCUCAUAUGCAAUAUCAGUCCUUAUGGGGGUGGUCAGCCAGGACGUGCGCCUCAGCCCCCCAUGGCCCCCAGCGUUGGCCACCCCUUCUAGGGCGGGCCCCCCAUCUGCCGUUUUCCUUUUGACCAAGACGGGGGACACAAAGGAAACCUGAAAAACCAACAGACAACACACACCCAGAAGAGGCGAUUAUUUAUUUGUUUUUAAUUUAUUUUGUCAUAUUUUUGUAAAACGGCAGAAAUGCAAUAAAAAGUAUAUUUCA